AAUUGAGGGGGGUUGCAAACACUCACUUUUUUUCUCUCCCUUUUUUUUGUUUUCUUUUUUAAAAAAAUUUGAAUACAGCAAAAAAAAAAUAACAAAGCCAAAAUGACAACCAUAGACUCUUCAAAGACGGAAGACAGAAGUCACCUUCUUGUUGAAAAGGACCAGAAUAAACAAACGGUGACGUUACCACCCAAGAAAGUUAUGGCUAGCAAACUAGCUGCUGCGGCCGCUGCUGCCAAAGCCGCCCAAGCAGCAGCAGCAGCAGCAGCAGCAACAGCAGCGGAAGCGGAAGCAGCACAGGCAGCCCAAGCUCAAUCACAGCCAGUGGUGGAGACAGAGAAAAAGAGUGGAGAAUCGACGAAAGCCGAUGUUAACAGUACAAAAAGAAGACUGUCUAGUUCGGUUGAGAAUCCUCGAGAUAAGAAAAUUAGUAGAGAAAAGGCACCCAUAGUGAAACCUGGUAAAUCCAUUACGCAUUCCGAUCGCAUUGUACAAGCAGAGAUAAGUCAAUAUAGGCCAUAUUUUACAGAAACCGAUGCCGAUAGUCCUGGUCAAACCGCUCCUACCACCAAAGAAAAGAAUUUGCGUGUUGUGUUGGAGUAUCCUGGUUCUAUUGAGCCUGAAAACUUUCUUUUAUUAAAGCCAGUAUUAAAAAAUACCACGGGUAAAAGCAACGAAGAGGAAGAAGAAGACAAGGAUGAAUACAACCCCAUUACGGACCUAAUGCGUACCUGUGAAUUUAUUUACGAUUGUUAUCUUUUACCGGGUGAACAACAAAAACUGCUUGGCAAUCAGUCGCAUGGGAUUAUGCGCAAUCUGACCAAAUACCGUAAUCGACGUAGCAGUGCCGGGUUCUCACAAGCCGUCAAAGAUUUCAACAAGGUGAUGCGACGUUUGAAAGCGGAAGGGGUCAUUAGCAAGAAUGCCAAGGCCAUGUGUCAUCCCAAUUAUGAUUUAGCUUGUCAUAUUCUUUUUCAGGUCUAUAGUCGUACGGUGGCUCGUCAAUCGGAUGCCCUGAACAAUUACCAAGCCUUUUCGAAUAACGUGUAUGGAGAGAUCAACCCUAUUUUAGUAAAAGACUUUAUUUCGAAAACUGGUGUGAAUUCAAAAAGUGUGUUUAUGGAUUUGGGGUGUGGUAUAGGCAACGUGGUACUUCAAGUAGCAGCACAGACAGGAUGUGAGGCGUAUGGUAUUGAAAUUAUGGAGACACCGUGUAAAUUUGCCAAGCGACAGUUGAAGGAAUAUGCGGCGCGCAUGAAGGCUUGGCGUCUUCCUACGGGUAAAAUCCAUUUCAGGCACGGAGAUUUCUUAGAUGUGGCGGCUAACGAUUUGUAUGCGACACUGAAACGAUCGGAUGUACUUUUAGUGAACAAUUAUGCGUUUGAUGCGGCUACAAAUCAAGCUUUAGCGCAACUGUUUUUGGAUUUGAAGGAAGGUACACGGAUUAUUUCAUUAAAGUCAUUUGUGCCCAAACACCACAAGAUCAACCAGCGUACUCUGAAUAUGCCCGAAUCUAUUUUACGAGUGGAAGAGUUUGAAUAUUACUCAGAGGCUGUGAGUUGGACGAAUAAUGGAGGUCAUUAUUAUAUUGCCACAGUGGAUCGAGGUCGUUUAGCACCUUAUUUUGAAGAAAUGUAUGGUCAUUAAUAUAUAAGAAAAAACCUCCCUAUAAAAAAAAAAGAAACCCUUUUCCUCCCUCAUCCCCCUCCCCCCCCCCCCUUUCUUUUUGUUCAUACUAUUAUUAUUAUUAUUAUUAUUUUCUUUAUUUCAUAUAUUCG